AUGAUCAAACUCUCAUCCUCAAUCUUUUGUCACCAACGACCGACAGGACUCAAGACAGUAGCAGAAGAGAUGCCUGAGCUACUGGGACUACCCCAACCAAUUCCACUAACAUCCGAUAUAACAUCUCUCGACAGUACAAUUCAUCAUCCAUGUCGUAUCUAUACGGCUGUACGCGGUCCUGUUAUGGAAGCAAAUGAGACGAAUAGAAUGUUGAGUAAUCAUAGAGAACUUCAGAAACGACUUCUGAAUAUGUCAUUGCAAGGAGAAUCGGGCUAUUUUAUUGAUUGUUUUGAAACACCUGCUGCGCGAGAAAUUCGCAAUCCACAGUUCACUUGA